AUGACCGACCGACCCCCGCCGCUCAAGCGCCGACGAGUGUCGAGCUCGGCCGAAGACAUGCAACACAGCAUCGUCGACCCGGGUACCAUCAAGAUCAACGUCAGCGGAGCCUACAUAAUCGACAAUGGCGAAGCUCAAUCCCCCGCCAGCGACAGUGGAGUCGAGGAACAAGGCUAUGAGCAUGACCGCCGCGACAUCCGCCUGCCAAACCACACUUCGGUCGUCAGCCACGUUGCCGCAGACAUUGGUGGCUCCCUUGCCAAAGUCGUCUACUUCUCGCGCGAGCCCGGUGCGAAAGAGCCGGGAGGUCGUUUACACUUCUUGCGCUUCGAGACUGAGAAGAUCGAUACGUGUAUUGAGUUUAUGCGCGAGUUGCAGAAGAAGCAAAAGAGAGCCAAUGGCGGCAAGCAAUCGGAGCUCUGCGUCAUGGCUACCGGUGGUGGUGCUUUCAAGUACUACGAUCGCAUAAAGGAAAGACUCGGUGUUGAUGUUAUGAGAGAGGAUGAGAUGGAGUGUUUGAUCCAAGGUCUGGAUUUCUUCAUCACCGAGAUUCCGAAUGAGGUAUUUACCUACCACGACGAGGAUCAGGAUAACCUUAUACACUACACCGAUGCACCCGCCGACGUGUACCCAUAUCUACUUGUCAACAUUGGCAGUGGUGUGAGUAUGAUCAAGGUCGAAGGACCUUCCAGAUUCCAGCGUAUCGGCGGAACAUCACUCGGUGGUGGUACCCUCUGGGGUCUACUUUCCCUGCUCACCGGAGCACGCACAUUCGACGAUAUGCUAGCAAUGGCAGACGCAGGCGACAACUCGACCGUAGACUUGCUAGUCGGUGACAUUUACGGCCAAGGAAUGGGCUACGACAAGAUUGGCUUAAGCGAAAGAACCAUUGCCAGUUCAUUCGGCAAAGUCUUCAAGCGCAAAAGAGAGGCAGAGCAAAACGCUGAGGAUGGACAACUACAACACGAAGAUGGUCCAGAGAGAUACGACACAGCAACGCCGGAAGGUGCCGCCAAACAGCAAUCAGAUCGCAAGUUCGAUAUUGGCGAGGGCCGCAUGUUUGCACCUCAAGACAUUUCACGGAGUCUGCUGUACGCAGUCAGUAACAACAUCGGUCAAAUCGCCUACCUUCAGUCCGAAAAACACAAUCUCAAGCAUAUAUACUUUGGCGGCAGCUUCAUCCGUGGCCACCGUCAAACAAUUCACACUUUGUCUUUUGCCAUCAAAUUCUGGAGCAAAGGCAACAAACAAGCAUAUUUCCUGCGUCACGAGGGAUAUCUCGGUGCAGUAGGUGCAUUCUUGAAGAGACAACCCAGGAACUUUGGCCGUAGGGCCAGUGUUCAUGAUGAGGAAUGA